AGGGAGAGGGAAGGGUCAAAAGACGAAAACCAAAGCUACAUAUAACUGCAAGAGAGUGAAAAUUUGAACUCCAUAAUUUGUUAAAAUUUCAUUCGAACUUCACGAAACAAGAAAGUGAAAGACUGGCCGAUCUACUAUUGGAAACCUUUCUUCCUCGUUCACUCUCCUCGAAAUUCCAGAAAAUCAUAACCCAAACUUCAAUUACCAAUUACAUUCCCAGAAAAAUAUAAAGUUAACUAAAGAUGAGGGUUCUGCCCUUUGGGUUACUGCUAGUUUUAGCUUCUGGGUUGUCAAUUAUUCUCAUUUACAUCACUGGAAUCUCCAAUAUUGAUCCAAAAUCACGGCUUUCUGAUCAGGAUUUGGCGGCAUUGCAAUCUCUUCAGAGUAGUUUUCAACAGUGUGUGAGUGCAAAUGGGUUGGGUUUGAGGGCUGUAUAUGGAAAAGAUAAUUGCCAAGUUACGAUGAAAUUUCCUGAUGAAACCGUCUCCAAAUGGAAUGACCCUAAAACAGGAGCGGCUGAAGGCUUGUCCCAUGAUUUUAAUCUUUGUGAAGCUGUGGCGACUUGGGAACAGGUUAGAAAUAGUACAACAGUCUUGACAAAGGAAUACAUCGAUGCUUUGCCUAGUGGGUGGGAGGAAUAUGCAUGGAAAAGGAUCAACAAGGGAAUUCAGCUGAAUAAUUGUCGAAACAAGUCCCUCUGCAUGGAGAAGCUCUCUCUGGUUCUUCCUCUUACAGCACCUUAUUACCCAAGACAGUUUCAUCGAUGUGCUGUGGUAGGGAAUUCUGCUGAUCUUCUGAAAACCAAGUUUGGCCGGGAGAUAGACUCUUUCGAUGCUGUUUUCCGACAGAAUGGUGCACCUAUUCAGAACUAUACUGAGUAUGUAGGUUCAAAGAGUACAUUCCGUCUUCUGAAUAGAGGGUCCGCUAAAGCUCUAGAUAAAGUUGCUGAGUUGUAUGAUGCUGGAAAGGAGGCCUUGCUAGUUAAAACAACAAUUCAUGACAUAAUGAGCAAAAUGAUUCGGGAAAUUCCAAUUCUUAAUCCUGUAUAUCUGAUGUUAGGGACAUCCUUUGGUUCAUCUGCUAAAGGAACGGGACUUAAAGCUCUGGAGUCUGCACUCUCUGUAUGUGACACAGUAGAUAUCUACGGCUUCACUGUAGAUCCUGGUUACGAAGAAUGGACUAGAUAUUUCUCUGAAUCUCGUGGAGGUCAUACUCCUUUACAUGGCCGUGCAUACUACCAGAUGAUGGAGUGCUUGGGUCUGAUCAAAAUCCAUUCUCCCAUGCGUGCUGACCCAAAUCGUGUUGUCAAGUGGCUUCCCAGCCCCAGCACUGUCGCGGCUGCAAGGGUUGCAUCUGAGAAGAUAUUGGCGAGGGUUGGAGCUGGCUCCGCUGAUCCACUAGGUCAAUGUUCCAUAAUAAAGAAGCAGAAAAGUGAUCAGAAGCCUCCAACAACGCUCCGGAAGGCAGCCGUUGAGCACAAAAGAUAUGUCAAAGGGGCGACAAUGUAUCCUCUGGAGCAUAAUCCAGGGCAUGGCUUGCUUUGCACACUACCCCACUAAUUAAUCGAUUCUUUUGCUAAUUCAACAUUAACGUAUGGAAGUUUGCGACAAAUGGAGGAGAAAAUAUGAAUUCCAUCAGCAAUUGAGCAUUCAGAAGUUAGGACCACCAUUUUGGAACUGGGAACUGCUGAUGCCUGGUGGUUAGAUGGUGGGUAAGUUUUUUGUUGUUGUAUUUAUGUACUACAGUAGUUAUGCAAUAGUUCCUUUUGAUAAUUGUCCCCUUUAGGCCAUAGGUCGCUAACAUUUUUCAGAUUUGGAACACAAUCUAAUCUCAAAUAGAAAUAUAUUUUGAUUA